CCCCAUUAUUUUUAAAAAUGUAAUGAAAGUUGCAGAAAACCAUAAAAAUUUAAUGAUUCCGUUAGUUUGUUGCAUUCGAAGGCCAAUUAAUUCUGCCCCCUUGAAUCGUCAUUUCAUAAUGAGCUGCAUUCACGCAAUGAAGAACUCAUGGGCCGUAAUUGACAUUUGACACUGAACCAAUUACUUUCUGAUUAUUUCUGCUCCACAAAAAAAUCCCCCGAUGUUAAAUCUCUUCGCCAUGAACGAUCACGAUGACUUCAGCUCACUUCGUUUAAAUGUGAAAGUCAAUAACGACAAUUUUUCACCAGAGAAAAAUUACAACAAUGUUGCGUCCCUGCGGGCACCUGUUGACCCCUCGUGGCCGAAAAUACCCUCUCGCAGGGCAACCGACAAUAUUUCGGACAUCAGUGAACCAGCCUGUGAUAUUUUCACAGGGGGAACCCCCAGGAGAAGUCGCUCGAUAAGUCGACCGCAUUCAAUCAGCUCCCACAUCAAUGAAAAAAAUUAUCAGGGCAAUUUCUUCGAUUAUCCUUGCCCGAAAGUUUCGAGCCAACACUAUCCGCCGAGAAGGCGACCUGGGUGUUUGGAUCCUCGUUUUAAAAAACCGACAUCAAAGAAACCGCAGUCUACAUCGCUCGAUCAUCCACUGAGUUUUCCCUCAAUUUCGCCAAAGUCAAAUCCCCCGUGUGCACCAGUUUCCAGGAAUAACUGCGAUUCGUUUAGAUACGAGGCAAAUCCCAUGAAGUUAAAGGGGAUUGAGAGCAUAGCAACCCAAACUGCACCCGGGGAUGAUACAUCGGGGCUUGGAAGAUGCGAAGUGGAAUCGAGAGAUAAAAAUACAAUGGAAAUUCAAUCAGUCGAACUGGGGGAUUCGAGAAUUAUUGAAAAAUCCGAGGGGGAGAAGGAUUUUAAAGCUCCCAUUCCUCUCUCAAAGCUCACUAUCGUUUCAAAUGCUUCUAUUAAUGUGCAGUCAGAGACUUCCUCCUGUGAAUGUCAAGGUGCAAACGGUGUUUUCAUGAGUACGAUUCCCCUCCCAGUUGUUAGUUACCAAAUAUCCCCUCAAUCCCAAGGAAAAAUCGAUGUCACUCCCCAGUUGUCAAUCUACUAUCCGCAAAAUCUCUCUGGCUCUCCGGAAAAAGGCUCCCUCGACAUGUUCCAGGUCACAAUUCCCCACAAAUGUGAGUUUGGGGACUCGGAGGUCCCUGACAGCGAGAGACUCACUGAAGACAGUGCCUCCCAGUGUCACAAAAAUAGAUGUUUGAGCCCAAAAAAUUCCAACACAAAAAACGAGACGAUUCCACCCCACACUCAAGAGUUAUUGACGAAGAACUACUGGAAUUACUACAGGAGUCUGAGGGAGGGUGAUGGGGAUGACUACAAGAGGGAAAUACAGAGCCACGAGAGGAUGGGAGCCCCGGAGACAAAGAGGAGGAGAUCCGAGGAGGAUAAUAUCGAAGGCCCCAGCCCCCCAGGGCUGGGGACUGUGGAGCACUGGACUGUCCUCUCCUCCAUGAUCAACAACACGAGGGAACCAACACGAGGACUCCAACAACAAACGAGCCCGGAGAUGGAGAAAUUAUUUGGAAGUACUACUGAAUUAUUUUCUGGGGAUGUGAAGGUCCAGAAGUCAGUGAAGAUUCGAGGGAGCUCUCCGGUGGAUAAAAAUGAAAAUAAUUCCUUCAUACUUCCUUCUUUGGUCGAGGAUAAGAGCUUUGAGCUGUGUGAGAAAAGGGAGGAGAGGAGAAUCCCCAAAGUUAGAACUUUUGUUUUAUGUGGAAUCGCCAUUUAUUUCCUGGUAAUUCUCCUCCAAGCACUGUAUGAGAACCUUUACGAGGAUACCGAGCACUACGAGGAUGUCAACUACGUGGAGUACUUCUUAAAUUACGCAAUGCUAUCUUUUCGAGAGGCAUUUGGACAGACUUUUGAUGUGAUGAAUGGCCUGUUGCUGCAAUCGUUAUCUUGAUCUUCACCGGGCUCUGCAGCACAACCCGGAAGACAAAAGGGCGAAAUAAAUAAAUGGAAAAAAGAGACUUCCAUACUUCACGUGAAAUUAGCCACAUUUUUGAUGAUUCAUCAUUGUGAAUUAAAUAU